UAACAAUCAUAAAAUAUCUCUAACACUUUUCUCACUCGGUUUCUCUUCUUGUAGGUACAACAGGUCGGAGAAGCGAACUUGUUGUCCUUGCCGCGGCGGAGGAUGCUAAGUCCCGAUCUUCGAGGUUCGACACAUGUCUAUUUGAUGUCCGAGGAAAGCGCGAAGCCUCCCCACUUCGUGAAGAUCGUAUUCCUAAGAAGAGCAGAGGCGUGGAACUAUAAGGCCGCGUAGGGAUAAAGAAAUUGACCUGCUGAAACCUAGCUCGCCUCGCGCUCCUCCUGUCAGUCACCCAGUUUCCCCUUUCAGCACUCUGUCGCUCCCGGAGACAGCGUAAGUAGCCGACAUUGCUUCAUUCUUGAUGUCUUCUGAUGACCACGACUACUUGUCGUUUGCUGGUUUAUUAUCCUUGAUGCAUCGUUCCAUUCGGUUCCUAAUAAUGGUGCAGAGGAAAUGCAUAAUAAUUCCCUAAUUCACACACAUAUACAUACAUAAUUUUUGAGAUUUUAUUAGAAAAUACCAGUUAUGGUGUUUAAUACUCCCACCUUUGGUAUAUAUUUAAAUAUUCACAUUGUAUUCAUUUACAACUUUUAUACCUGUAUCUUUAAAUACCACCUGGUCUAAUUCCCCCCCAAUUAUAUUACUUACAUAUUUACCAAAUCCACAUUCAAGACUGAUUCUAAUUUAUGAAAAUGCCACAACGUGUGAUUGCAUUUUCAAUGUAAUACAAAACUCUUUUACAACAACUUCAUUAGUUGAAUUCAACUGUUGUGAUUCACUCUCAUUUUUUAACUUAUGUUAUACGAUGCACCUGGGAUACCAGCGAGUCAGCGAGGAGCAGGGAGUGAGCCAGCUUAAGAGUAACGGGGGACGGGGCGUGAAUGAGGGCUCUUUACACACAAGGUCGAGGAUGGGGGUGAACCCCUGCCCCAAACUUGUCAUGUCGUGUCCAAUGAAUGAGAUCCAUUCUCAUUUCACAACUUACGUUAACGCAGUGCACUUGGGACAUCAGUGAGGGGCAGCGGGUCUAAGAGUGACGGGGAGACUUUUUACACACAAGGUUGGGGAUAGGGAUGGACUCCUCCCCCAAACAUGUCUUGUUGUCAUCCUUACUCAGCUCCCACUAUUUAAAAUGUACUUUGUAACAUACAUUUGAAUUUGACACCAAAAUAAUGUUAGAAAAAGAUAACUUUAGUAUGAAAAGAUUAUCUACAAAAAGUAAAAAGAAAAGUAAAUCAAUAGAUACAAAUAGAAAGUGCAAAGUAAAAAGUAAUGGAAUUAAAUUUGGAAUAUGUUCAUCUUUUUAAAACGGUCCAAAAUAAAAUAUAUAGUUCCUAAAAUGGGGUAGAGGAAAUACAUAUAUAACUCCCUAAUUCACAUACAUAUACACACAUAAUUCUUUAGAGUUUGUUAGAAAAUAUCAAUUAUAGAUGAAUAAUAAUACCCCAAACUUUGGUAUAUAUUUAAAUAUUUACAUUAAUUUUCUUUUGAUAAUUUUCAUUUAAUAAUCUCUAAUCAUCUUUAUUUUUCUUCCUCUUCAUCUUUAAUUUCAUACUAUUCUUCAUUCUUUUUUACUUUUUACAUUUUUCUUGACUAUUCAAUUUUUCUAUUAUAUUAGCCAUACACUUUGUGCAAAAAAGGUGUUUUCUAGCCAUUAUAAAAAGAUAUUGGAUAGUGGAACAUGCGGCCUGGCUCCCUCAUCGUAGAGUUUUCUGGCAGCCACCGUUAAGGGAUAGUUUGACAGUGAUUUCUUUAGUCGGUUAACCUUGUUUAUGAGAUGUUAUGGAUGCCUAACAGAGCUUGGCCGAUCAGUAUGGAAGAUUACAAUUGGUGGAGAAGAAUGGUGAGGAGGUAGACUUGGUUCUGCGUGAUUUCAACGAAAAGGAAGAGCAGGAAUGCGGGUUGUCCGCAUGGUCCUUGGUGGGGACUAUUCUGUCCGAGAAGACUGUCAAAUUCUUGCCUUUCAGAGACACAAUGACCUCUAUUUGGAGACCUAAUAGGGGUGUAUCGAUCAAGGAUAUUGAUGAUAAGAGGUAUCUAUUUUCUUUUUAUCAUGAGAUUGAUAUGAGACGUGUUUGAGUAUGGUCCGUGGCUUUACGGCCAAAAUCUUGUUGUGGUGCAUGAAUUAAAGCUUGAUGAUCUGCCUUUACAAGUUCCUUUAGUUUUUUUGGAGUUUUGGUUUCAAGUGCAUAACUUACCAAUUGGGCAUUUGACUUUGACAGUUGCUAAAAUUGUGGGUAAUAAACUUGAAAGUUUUGUUAAGCUUGAUGACCACCUGUUUGAGGGGAAGUGGAGGGAUUAUCUGAGGAUCAGGGUUUUUAUUGAUGUAAGGCCACCACUUUGGAAAGAUCUGAAAGUUCAAAAAUCAAAUGGGGAUUGCCUAUGGGUAAACUUGAAAUAUGAAAAACUCCCCAACUUUUGUUUCACUUGUGGACUUAUCGGAUAUGGUGAUAAGUUUUGUCCUCAGGUUUUGAGUAUUCCAAGAUCAUCACAAAUGAAGGAAUUUGGACUGAGGUUGCGGGCAGGUAGUGGGUUUAGCAAUAAAGGUGGAGGAAAUAAAUGGUUGGUGGUGGAGAACCCUAAUAAACAGAGGAUUGAUAUUAAUGAGGGUGUUGAGGGGUCUACUCGAGAAAGGGAGAUUGUGACAAUGGGCUCGAGUACUGAUGUUUUUGCAUGCGAGGCUCCAGAUCCAGUGAAUCAUGAAGAAGGAGUGCAAGUAGCUGAAUAGAAGCGACAAAGACUGGAGCUAUCAGGAGGGAUAUACACAAUGAUGGAGGUUGAAAACGGUGGUGGAAAAAACAAGGUGGGGGCUCCCGGAAAGUUGAAGAGGGAUGACUCAAGCUCUCAAGUUUAUGUUUUCUGCUUUCAGCUUUAUUUUCAGAUUAGUAACUUUGUUUUCGGUUUUGUUGGUUUUGGUAUUGUUAGUUAAGACUGUAAGUGGUUUUACAUUUGGACAUUUAGCUGGAACAUCUGUUCUGUGGGUGUGUUGUGGGGGCAAGCUUUCUUUUUUGGUCACAAUAGGCUUCAAGAUGUCUGCUGAGUGGUUAGCGAAUUGUUGUGUUCCUAACACAUACAGUUCUAUGUCUAAUCCUAGGGCAGGUGACCAAAAUAAAAGGGUUUGUCUUUUUGCUACUAUCUGAGUUUCCAAUAUUCUAAUAUAAGUCUUCUACGUUCAAAAAAAAAAGAAAUUAACCUAAA